AUGCGGCUCCUGUUCCUGGCCGUACUGCGGCGGCACACCGGCAACGCCGUCACGGCCGAGCGCGUCCGGGACCAUCUAGAAGCUGCCGGCCAUGUAUGUCUUCUGAAAGAUGCCUUUGACCUGGAAAGCUCAUCUGAAAUCGCCCACCUCAUCAAGGCUGAGAACUUGGAGGCAGCAUUGGCUCUUCAUCUGUACAGAGGAGGCCGACUCUUGCAAGGUCAUGGAAUCCCUUUUGGAAUCAUCUUUGGUGGAACUGAUUUAAAUGAAGAUGUUAACCAGAGAGAAAAAAAUGACGUGAUGGGAAAGGUCCUCGAAGAAGCCAGAUUUGCUGUCGCUUUCACAGAGUCAAUGAAGGAAACGGCGCAGACACAGUGGGUCGACCCAGUGUUUACAAGGGAAGUAAAAGCCAAAGUAAAGAGGACGGCUGGGGUGCGGCUGCUGGGAGAGAUGCCCCAGGAGGACCUACACGCAGCGCUGAAGAACUGCUUCGCGGUGGUGAACAGCUCCGUGUCCGAGGGCAUGUCCGCGGCGAUUCUGGAGGCGAUGGAUCUGGAAGUCCCCGUGCUGGCAAGGAACAUCCCCGGAAACGCGGCGGUGGUGAAGCAUGAGGUCACAGGGCUGUUGUUUUCAGACCCACAGGAGUUUGUUCAAUUAGCAAAGAGACUGGUUCGUGAUCCUGCGUUGGAAAAAGAAAUUGUGGCCAAUGGAAGGGAGUAUGUGAGAAGGUGUCACUCGUGGCAGGCGGAAAGAGACACCUAUCAGAACCUCGUCCAGAACCUCGAGGGAAGCAUCAAGGAGUAAGGGCACUCGCCUGGUGUUGUCACACGCCCGCCCGGGGCCACCGCGGACGCACGGCCCUGGGUGAAUACCAGAGACAGAGUUCUGGGCCAGUGGGGCCAGUCCGGUUCACAUCACGCCAGUUUCAAUGGAAUCAU